AUGUUUGAUCAAUGGUUUGUUUAUUGCGGUGUCUGCUAUCGAAGAAGCUCGGCAGAAGAUCCUUUGUUAUUGACCUCAUGUGCUCAUAUAUUAUGUUCUCAACAUUGGAACAGCUCUUUUAAUUCAUGUUCAAUUUGUCAAGCAGUCGAUAUUUCGGUGAUUGAAUUAGCAGAAGGCAGACGUAUGCCACCAGAUAUUAUGGCGUUUUUUCAACCUUUUAAUCAAUUGUUGGAAACGGUGUAUAAUGUGUCACAGUUUCAAACAAUUGGCUUAGUUAAUCAAUGUAAGCAUUUUCAAGAAUAUGUUAUAAAGCUACAAGCUACUUGUUCGAAGCAAAGACAGAUUUUGUAUCAAACUAAAGCUGAAAUAGACAGCAUUCCUAAGCUCAGACAAAAAAUUAAAUUUUUGGAGAGUGAACUAGAAAAUGAGAGGAUGUUAAAGUCAAAUAGAGGAACUAAACGUAAUAUAACAAAUAAUGGUACUAACAAUAAUAAUAAGAUGAAUUUCUUGACAUCCAGUUCUAAAGAUUCGUUCAGGCACCAUUCAUUAAAACGUUCCGAAUCUCAUGGGUUUUUAAGAGGUUCUAAUAAUAUGAGUCGAAAUCCACCCCCAACUGUUGAUCUAACAAUUGAUGAUGAUAAUAAUGCAGAUGAAAUAUUUUUAAAGAAACUGAAAAAAAAUGCAAAUAGCUUAAAUACUUCAUCCUUCCCCAAAACACCAGAUAUAGUAGCAGAAUCGACCCAGAUUUCCGAAUCAUUUACAAAAGAUUCUAUGAAUGGAAGUAGUGAUCCAAUGGGUUCUUUACUUCAACGAAGAUCAAGUAAAGAAGCAGAGUCAUCGAUUACCAAUACUACUGACACUAAACAGAAAGUAAAGUUACCAGCAGCAUUGGAAAAACUAAGAAUAAUUAAAAGAAGUAACACGACAACUGUCAUACCUUCUAGAACUCCAACGGAUGAUAUAAAAAAAGGAAUUAUUAAUCAUAUGAAAAGUAGUGGUCAUUUUAAUAGAAGGGAGUUAAGUAGAGGCAGAUCAAGUUUUUCAAGUCAAAGAAGAAAUGCCUCUUCCCAGCAAGUAUUAAGCAAGUUUUCAAGAAAGUGA